GAUUUCAUUGAACAUACAUAUUAUUAUACCUGUUCGAUUGGAAAAAGUGGGUUGUCGCCCAUCGCAAUCGCCGACUCGGUAUCAAUCCAUCUUUCGAUACAAAUUUAUUGAGUAAUAUUAAAACAAGUGAUGGCAAUUAAAGCAAUCGACAUGAACUUUAGUCAGAACUAAAAAUAAUUAUGGUGUUGGUGGAGUUUGUUAUUCGUUAUUUUAUGGUAUUGCUCGGUAUUUAGGUUAUUUAAUCCAUGCCCCCUGUAACAGGGAGGAUGGAGGGUGAUCCCGGAUUACUUCUACAGGAGGUGAGAAAAAAGUUGUUGAAAUUGGACAAGGACACAAGACUGCGUACCCUAAAAGAACGCCAAAAUGAGGAAAGGCAAAGAAAACUGGAGGAAAUCAAAGCACAAGCAUUCGCGGCACAAAGAUUCAAAGAGCAAAAAGAACAAGAACGUCGCCGAAGGUUAGAAGAUUUGCGGCUGAAGGACGAUGUCAAACGGCAUCAGGUCGAAGAGAGAAAAAGGGCGAUACACGAGGCCGAACGGGACCGACUAGAAUCGAUAAUAAAAAGGAACCAAGAGCGAGAGCAUAGGCUCGAUACGAAAAAGAAACACGAAAGGAGCAACAUAGUUUUCGCUUUUGGUUCUUCGACACCUCGAAUGCUUGAACCCUCGGAUAUGACGAUGUCUUUCUGGGGACACAGACGAGCCACAUCCAUCCAAAAUAUCACAUGUUCUUCGAAUUCCGCUUCUUCGUUGACGCGAAGACAGUCCGAAAGAGAUUUCGAUGUGGGAAACAAAAAACGUGCUACAUCUGCCACCGGUCUGGAGAGAACUGGAGAAGGUAAGAGAGUCCAGCUUUACGUGAAGACGAUGCAUCGGAAAGAAAGUGUAGAAAGUUGUUGAGAUAUAGUGUCUUUU